UCACGCUCAGACGCGAUGCUGCCGCUGCAGCCGCUAUCACCACUGCUUGACAGCCUCAUAUGUGCGCGUUCAGUUUCUCCCCGCUUCCUGCAUACGAGCACGCCCCAGCAGCAGGCCGCGUCAGGCAUCGAUGCCCCAUCAACACAGCAGUCAAUGGACACCUCCGUACACGCAGCUUGCUUAAGGGCCCCUAUCAGUGCUUCCGAAACCACAUUCAACCCUGGUCUCGGUUUGACUGGCCCCAGCACUCAGACAGUGCCUGUUGUUCCCGGGACAUGUUUCCGCAUCAUGGCACCUGCUGGCAGCGGUGUUCAAGUGAACCACGUGUCGGGCUGGACCGACGUGGCAACGCUAACGGAACAAUCCGGAAGGGGCUGGGAGGUGGCGGCGGCGAACGAAGAAGCUGCCGGUCGCAUCGUUUAUGAUGUUCGGCCCAGCGGCAAACCAGGUGUGGAAGUGGAUGCAUCAUCGUCAGCUCUGGGAGGCAACAGAGCAGCAGCAGGAGCAGGGGCGCGGAGAGCAGCAGGGAAGGGCUCCGAAACCUGUACGGCUGGGCUUGUACGGCUGGAGAUUCCCGAAAAGUACAUCAGCCUAGAUAUCAGCUCCACCGGCGGCCCAGUGGCGGUAUCCCGCGUCGUGGAGGGGGACCUGCGGGUGGUGUCCGCGGGAGGCGCAGUGACCCUUGGGUCGGUCCGGGGCAUGCGAGUGGAGGUGGACACGGCAACCGCCGCAACAACCGCUGGCAACGCGCACGGAGCUUCUGGAGCGGUGAAGGGAGGUGACGUCAGCGGUACGAAUGUCUCCAUCACCGCAUCCGGGCCCAUAACUGUACGGCGUUUGGUUGGCGGUUACAUGCAACUGACAACAUCAACGACCCCAGGAUCGCCAACGACAUCCUCUUCAUCAUCAAAAACUGCUGUGGAAGGCGAAGUGUCGGUCUCGGCCGCUUCGGAGGCCAUCAAUUUGGGCGCAGUGUACGGCAAUGUGCUCCGAAUCCGUACAGAUGGUGGAGCUGUGCGUAUUGGCACCCUGGAUUGUGGCGGCGGCAGCGGCGAUAGCAGUGGUGCCGGUGACGCCAACAGCAGCGACAGCAGUAGCCGCAGUACGGCAACCCAAAGCAGUACGGCAAAUGGUUUCGGAGCGCAGAUUAUGUCGUACGGCGGGGACGUGUGUUUGGAGGGGCUGGAGGGUGUAUCGGAGGUAGACAGCGGAGGUGGAGCAAUCAAGGUUCAGCUCCAGUCGCGGCUGGCCUCCGCUGUUCUGCGUAGCGGGGGAGGAAACGUGGAACUGCAGCUGCCUGCAGCCUCCUCCUCCUCCUCCUCAGGCUUGGCAAUCGACUUGUUGGAGGUGCGGGCGGCCGGACGGCUCAGCUUGCAACCAGAGCUAAUGAGGGAGUUUAAACAGCUGCCUCCGCCGCCUGAAGGCGACACCAGCAGCGGCGGCAGCAGCGGUAAUGGCGGUAGCGGUGGGCAGGCAUCCAGGCCGGCAUCGGUGCAUGUGUGGCGUGCGGCGCUGUUGCCUGAGGCGUCACAGGCGCAGCAGGCGUGGGGCGGGCGGGGAGGUGCCAGCGCCGCUGCUGCUGCUACUGCUGCGGGAGCUGUUAGCGGAGGGAGUGCAGAUGGGGGGAGUGCAAGCGGAGGAGGGGGUGUGGUGGUGGUGGUUGAUGCGGGGGGAGGGGAGGUGAGUGUACGGCGGGUUAGUUGGAUGGAGGCGCAGAUGGCGCGAAUGGCGGCGGCGCGGGGGACGGCUGGGAGUUCGGGAAGUAGGGUUGGGAGAUAAGGGGCCAGGGGCAGGCAACCCAACAGAUGCUCUAGGUUUCAGUAAAUAUGAGACACGUCGCGUCAGCGUGGGUUGCGUCUUGGCGGGAGUGGAGCAGCAGCCGCAUCCGCGGCGGCGGCGGCGGCGGUGAUGGAAGCGGGGAGCUGGUGAAGGCUGCUUGGUUGUAGCUCCCGCUGCUACAGCCGCGCGUUUCUAUGGUGGUGGUGGUUGGGGAGGAAGCGGGGUGUCGUCGCGGAAUGACAUGGAUAGCAGCAGACGGUGUUUUGGUUCCGUGGAUACAAUGUUCUCCGAGAAAUCAUGUGGCUCAUUUGUGUUCUCAAAAGAUGCACGUUAAGCAAUAUCGCAAUAGAAUCGCGACCCCCGGGUCAAAGCCAAGGUCCAAACCGUCACUUUUCUUGGGAAUAGCGGUUGGCGGCGCAUUUUGCCUGAAAUUGUAUUGGUCUUUGAGUUACCGAUAGGCUUUUAACUACCUAGGUAUUGCAAGCGCAGUUCGGUUACGGAAGGAAGGAGUCAGAUGUCUGGUGUAUGAAGCCACGCAUACUAGUACAUCACUUCGGCCAAGAACAUCCCAUAUACUGAUAACGUCUAAGCUACGUUAAGCCUACAAAAACGCCACCGUUUCGCAUUUUCACACCGAGAAAACUAGGACCUUUUGCCGAAACCUCAACGUAGAUUGUCCGCUGUAUCAAUUGUGUAUCAUGCUACAUGCUUAGGUGCAGCGCAGAUUUGCUGGUAUCCAACGGCAACAUUAGGAAAUGGCGAACAUUGAGCCACCCAGUAGCCCCGACCCACUUGCCGAGCACCCUCAGUACGCGAAAGUAAAGGAUCUUGGCAUAGGCAACUUUGGGAGUGUCGCUUUGUACCAACGAAGUGAAGGACGUGGCGAGCCUUCGCUUUGUGCUGUCAAAUUCAUGCCGCGAAGCGGUCCAGGCGUAGACGUCAACCUAAUACAACGCGAAAUCCAGAGCCACCGCGUUCUUCGCCAUCCCCAUGUGAUUCGCUUUAAGCAGCUGGGACUCACGCAGUCGCACAUGUACAUGUGCAUGGAGUUCGCUGAUCAGGGCGACCUUCUGGGCUUCCUGCGACGCAAGGGACCGCUGCCCGAGGCCGAUGCGCGAUGGCUCUUCCAACAGAUCAUCUUCGGGCUAGACUACUGCCACCUCAAGGGUGUGGUCAACCGAGACCUCAAACCAGAGAACCUGCUCCUCAAGCUCACGCCGGAGGCAAGCAAGCGCCACAGGCGCCAGCAGCUGCUAGAGCGAGAGCAACAGCUCAAGAUGUACGAGCAAAUGCAACAAAUGCAGCUGAACAAGGGCUCUUCAGGCGGCAACGCGACUGCAUCCUCGCCGCAACCGCAGCCACCUGUGUUUGCGCCGCUGGGCCUGAUCGACCACCGCACGAGCAACAGCUUCAACCUGCACAUCAAGAUUGCGGACUUUGGGCUGUCAAAGAGGGCUGCACACUCGCUGCCCAAGACGCGUGUGGGCACCAUCAACUACAUGGCGCCCGAGGUCCUCCUAGCGGGUCCCUCCCAACGCUACGACGGAGCUAAAGCCGACAUCUGGUCUGCAGGCGUCGUACUGUACGCCAUGCUUUUCUCCCGAGUUCCCUUCGAACCCGUCCAAGACCAGCAACAACAGCAGCAGCGGCAGCAGCAGCAGCAGCAACAGCAGGGUGGCGUUCGAGACCGGGCGGGUACCAUUCAGCGCAUCCUCGCAGGCGACUGGCAGGUCCCGCCCGGCAUGUGCAUCAGCCCGCAGUGCCUUGAUCUCCUAAGUCGCAUGUUGGUUGCGGAUCCCGUACAUCGCAUCUCCAUGCCGGAGAUCAUGGAGCAUCCCUGGUUCCGAGCCGGUCUGCCGCCCGCCGCGUUGACCAUGAAUACGGUGCUUGUGCGGCAGCAGGCGGCACAGGUCGCGGCGGGGGAGCAGUCGGAGGCAGACAUUGAUUUCCUGCUGGAGGAGUUGAGGCAGCAGGCGGAGCGGGAGACGGCAGCGGCGGUGGCGGCGGCGGGAACGUCGGCCGUCGGCGGCGGCGGAUCGAACAGUCGCUCGAGUGACGAAGUCGCGGACGACCGGCGGAUGUACGAGGUACGGGGGUUCGUGGAGGAGGAAGAGCCGGCGCCGCCGGCGGCGGCAGCGGCGCCGAAGCCGCGACGGGUGCUUGCGGCGGAAACGCCGGCAGGCGCUGUCAACAAUGGCAGCGGCGGCGCCGCCGCCGCCGUCAACAACGGCGGUCGCAAGGAGUAUUCACCGCCACCUGCAGCGGCAGCACCCGCAGGGGCUGCAAACGCUCCCAACGCCUUUUUGGCACACCUGGCGCGUUACGGGCCGCAGGGCCCCGACGCCGGCUUGACGCCGGUGUCCUUGGCGCCCCGUCGUUGACAGCUCCCAGCUGCGUAACGGCGCACGCUAAGCAUCCUUCACUGAGCGGGUGUUGCCUGUCGCGCUUUGGCGGUAAUUAACAACCUCGGGCGUCCGAGCAGCGUUUCAAGGUGUCGCACAGGGUGCUAUUGGCUCCGCGGCGGUCGUGUUGGCGCUGGUGUCUUGCGGCUACCCAGUGAGGCCGAAGAGAGGCGGCUUUUUGUUUGCUCGAGUUUUCAAGUGGUAUUAUGUGCUUUUGGCUCUUUGGUUGAAGUGGUUGAAGAAAUCGGUUCUUGUGUUAUGUGGCGUCUGAACACCUAAUGGUUUUUCUGUUCGGGGCUGUUUGGAUUGGGAGGCGGCGGAGGAGGAGAAGCGAUGGGGUUGCGAGGUGUAUGGCUGAUAUUCAUGGGGGAUUCAGUGGGUGGUUGCGCCAAGUGUGUUAACGGGCUUCAGAGGGUGGUUCGUGUGUUGGGGGUAAUGCGGCGGUUAUGUUGCUGCAGCUGAUUCUGGCCGCUGAUGUUUUCUGUUUUCUACAGCAGGGACAGCACGGCGACAACUAUAGCUGUGGGCGUUUUAGUGUGUCGCUUGUCGGGGCCCUGCAUCAUGCUCCGGUGGAAGCUUUGUUUUGUUGACGUUUGGUUAAUGCCAAACGGCCUGAUAUGUUCUGAGUUGUACCCUUCGUCCUGGGGAUGUUUGAAUUAAACGUUAUAAACAAAGAGCGAACAUGCACGGGGUCACGUGAGGCAUGGUUGAACCAUGUAGCAGCGUUUGGGCCGGAAUUGGCAUGUUUUGUGCGGCAUGUUGUUUGGGCCGUCUUGAUGCGUUGCCCUCGUUUCCAGUAGUUGUGCAUAACCACGAGUCCAUGUCCAGGUGUUAGCGUCUGCCGCCGGAACGGUUGGUUGCGAAGAGCAUGUGGCUUAAUUGGCAGGCUAAAACCUUAAGCGGAAGAUCCCAGGCUAGACGCCAGGGCAUUACGGACGGGUUAUGUAGGUGGUACGGUGCGCAAACGGUCGCAUGCGGGUUGUAGUUUUGUUGCUCGCUUUAACUGUAGGUACAUGUACAGAGGCUUCCCUUUACAGAGGGGGAACCCUCAUGUGUUCGUGGUUUGUGGUCUAGGUAUGUGGGCGAAGGGCGGUCGUGUGCUGUUUGGCCUGUGUCAUUAGGCGGGUAUCUCAGAGUAGGAGGUACGUUUGUGUGUCUCGACUAUGCCGCAAUCUUGCAUUAGGACGCAAAGGCAUUGACACGAGGGACGUGAGGGGCCCUGGGAAGGGGGUCAGCUUCAAGGCAUGUUGCUUUUUAGCACACGGCCAAAUAAGGAAUUUGGUAUCCAAAACUGGGUAUUGCUGAAUGUUCGUUUUUCUCCGAAAACCUGUUUGUGAUGAUGAGGGCCCUGGUUCCUCGGAGGCACGCCCAGAUGCUUUGGAUGCUGCCACGGCCACGGCCGCUGUUGCUGCUGCUGCUGCUACUGCCAUUGCUGCUGUUUGUACUGCGUGUUUGGGUCAAAUUUGUGUUGACUGGAGCAUGGGCUUUGGAAGGGCUGCGGGGGCUGGCUGGACGGGGCUUUUGCGAAGCCGAAUUCUUUGUGGCUGGUCAGGGCUGGUGUUAUUCUUUACACGGAAGAGCGUAGCGCCGGUGGGUUUUGCAGCGGGGCAGGGGAGGUGUGAACGUGGGAAUGGAAACGAGUAAAUAACCACUCACCAGGGUGAAGGGAGCGUGUAUUAGGCACCGGGGGAUUGCAAAGCAGGAGCCACCUGGCGUCGUGUUUCCCAUGUGCCGGGCUCCAUGCCGCGCUAGUGCUGCUCUGUGUAUGCAAGUAACUAGAAAAAAAUGUUAGGUGGGAGGAUCGGCUGAAACGACCUGAGCGGCGGUGGAGAGGAGCGGACAAGAACACACUUCUGGUUGCCUUGGUUGUGUAUUGGCCGUGCGUGAGCUUUCCUCGCGUGUGUUUUUCCGGGUGGAGCACGCUUUGGGUGCUGGCAUGUAUUGGUGGGUAUAUCGCUCAACCACUAAAGGAGGUUGUGGAAUUGGAUGGUGCAUAUAGUCGAAAGACGCGUGCUUCGAAGCAUCCUAGUUUGGGGCUGAUUGGGUGGAGUUAAGGUGCCCCUGGCCGUACACGUUGGAUUUGGGGCAAUACACCGUGUUUCUCGGCACUGCUUCGUUGCUCCAGGUUCAGCGGAACCAUAAGAGGGAUUUUUACGUGUCCAGUGCUAUAGACACAUGAAAUACCAAUAAAAUGGCCGGCCAGCAUCUCUUUUGCCGUUGCCAAUACCAAUGGGCUGCCGUAUUCAUGCUACUGCAGCCGUAAUGGGUAGUGUUCGAGUUGUUCUGUGAGGUUGGCAGAUUGCCAGCUGCCGCAUUGAUCACUGUGCGUUUGGUGUAGAGGGCUGGAAACCCAAAAACGUGUGUGGAUUUGAGUGGAAGGAAGCCCUGGAUGGCUUUGUCCGUGACACGAGGACGUGGACAACUGAGAUGGGCCAUUGGGAUUUAUUUUGUAGGCAUUCGCUUGCUUGUGAAAGAGCCAAGCGGUGUUUAGUUUUUAUGAGCCAUGCCUGUCGGUUCGUUCCCAUUCGCUGCGGUUUGCUAGACGUGCUUUCUGUUGUCUACCGGUAUAUGCCUAUUACGGCAAUGGCCGUAGGUUGGUCAAUAGCUCAACGAGUUAACAGGUCAAGAGGAACGCCACAGCAGGGAGUUAAUAAAUCUGGGCAUAGGCUCUCAUGCAUGUGCCAAUAACUCAUUGUUGUAGUUAUAUUUGCUGUUCCCUCUGUAACGGCAUCGAACCUCGACAUACACUCGUGGGUCAUGUCCGUAAUGGUGUACA